AAUAAACUGAUGGACAGAAAACCAGGCCAACUUCAGACAUUUCUUGCUAAUUUUUGUUUUUUUAACGGUCUGCAGUAGAGUUAUUAAUUGCAGAUCGAGAAAAUGAAGCUGAAUGUUGACGGGUUGCUAGUUUAUUUCCCAUAUGAAUAUAUUUAUCCAGAACAGUACACAUAUAUGCUGGAGCUGAAAAGAUCUAUAGAUGCUAAGGGUCACUGUGUUCUGGAGAUGCCCUCAGGGACUGGGAAGACCAUAUCUCUGUUGUCUCUGAUUGUGGCCUAUAUGAGGGCAAACCCCAGAGAUGUUACCAAACUUAUUUAUUGUUCAAGAACAGUUCCAGAAUUGGAAAAGGUGGUAGAGGAACUGAGCGAGUUGAUGAAAUAUUAUGAGAAGAUGACAGGAGAAAGCCACAAUAUACUUGGACUGGCUCUUAGUUCAAGGAAAAACCUCUGUAUUCACCCACAGGUGAGUCAGAAUCGGGACGGGAAGGUGGUGGACAGUCGUUGUCACUCACUGACGGCUUCCUUUGUCAGACAGCGAAACAAACAUGACCCUAAUGUGCCUAUUUGUGACUAUUUUGAGAACUUUGAAGCUGUGGGCAGAGACACAAUCUUACCGUCAGGAAUCUAUGGUCUGGACGAGCUUAAAGAAUAUGGCAGAAGACAUAAUCUUUGCCCUUAUUUCCUGGCCAGACAUGCGAUCACCCAUGCCAACAUUGUGGUCUACAGUUAUUAUUACCUUCUGGAUCCAAAGAUUGCCAAUAUGGUUUCUAAGGAGUUGGCAAAACAGUCUGUGGUUGUGUUUGAUGAAGCGCAUAACAUUGAUAAUGUUUGUAUAGAAUCCAUGAGUGUGUACCUUACGAGGAAAACACUGGACAAAUGUCAGAAAAAUCUGGAAACUCUCAGCCAACAAAUUCAUCGUUUGAAGCAAGCAGACUCACAGAGACUAGAAAAAGAAUAUGACCAACUUGUAGAGGGCUUGAGAGAAGCCAAUCUGGCCAGGGAGGGGGAUGUGGUCCUGGCUAAUCCUGUACUGCCGGACCAGGUUCUACAGGGAUCCGUCCCUGGAAAUAUCAGAAAGGCUGACCAUUUCCUCAGCUUCAUGAAACGAUUUUUGGAGUAUCUGAAAACACGGAUGAGAGUACAACAUGUUGUAGCAGAAAGUCCUCCAUCCUUUCUGAAAGACUGUGCAGCACGCGUGUGUAUAGAGAGAAAACCAUUGAGAUUUUGUGCUGAGAGGUUACAUUCCCUGAUGCGGACAUUAGAACUGUCGGACCUACAAGACUUCUCACCAUUAACGGCAGUAGCUCAUUUUGCUACACUGAUUAGUACAUAUGUUCAAGGUUUCACGCUGAUUAUUGAACCGUUUGAUGACCGCACACCCACCAUCUCCAACCCCAUCCUUCAGUUCAGCUGUCUGGAUGCCUCCAUCGCUGUCAAGCCAGUUUUUGAUAGAUUCCAGACAGUCGUCGUCACUUCGGGGACACUCUCCCCAUUAGACAUGUAUCCUAAAAUCCUGGACUUCCGUCCGGUUACCAUGGCAACAUUUACCAUGUCAUUGUCAAGAGUGUGUAUUUGUCCUAUGAUAGUAAGUCGGGGGAAUGAUCAGGUGGCCAUUUCAUCAAAAUAUGAAACAAGGGAGGACAUAGCUGUGGUGCGUAACUAUGGCAACCUGUUGGUGGAGCUGGCUACUAUUGUACCAGAUGGCCUUGUCUGUUUCUUCACCAGCUAUGUAUACAUGGAAUCCAUUGUGGCAUCAUGGUAUGAGCAGGGCAUCAUUGACCAGGUCCAGAAACAUAAGUUGUUGUUUAUAGAGACUCAAGAUGCUGCAGAGACAAGUCUAGCUCUUCUCAAUUACCAAAAGGCUUGUGAUAAUGGUAGAGGUGCUGUCCUGCUGUCAGUGGCCAGAGGAAAAGUCUCAGAGGGAAUCGACUUUGACCAUCAUUAUGGCCGUGCAGUUGUCAUGUUUGGAGUUCCAUAUGUCUACACACAGAGCAGAAUCCUUAAGGCCAGGUUAGAAUAUCUGCGGGAACAAUUCCAAAUCCGAGAGAAUGAUUUCCUGACAUUUGAUGCGAUGAGACAUGGGGCACAAUGUGUGGGCAGAGCACUACGAGGAAAAACUGACUAUGGCAUCAUGGUGUUUGCUGACAAGAGAUUUGCACGAGCAGACAAGCGUGGGAAACUUCCCAAGUGGAUACAGGAACAUUUGAAGGACAGUUUGUGUAACUUAUCAGUAGAUGAAGCUGUGCAGGUAGCCAAACGGUUCCUCCGACUGAUGGCGCAGCCCUUUAGCAAGGAAGAUCAGCUUGGACUUUCCUUGCUCACUGUGGAGCAGUUGGAGUCUGAAGAAAUGCAGAAGAAAAUUGAAUCUCGAGUUCAAGUUAUGUAGGGUGGAAUAUGUGUGCAAUAGUAAAUGUUUAUGAAAAAUGUCUUUAUCAGAGAAAAAAGGGUUGUAAGAUAAACUCUACCUGACUGGCCUUGUACUUACAGCACUCAGAAAGUAAUGAAUUUGAAUUGCCAUCCCUUUCUGCCAUACAUGUCCCAUGUUGAAAUGUUUAUACAUAUUAUAUACACUAGACAUACAGCUUGUGGUAAUGUUUAGUAGUGUACAUGUAAAUGAUGAGUAUGUAUUGUUAUCUCGCUAUGCCAUUGGCUUGAAUCCAGAUGAUUAUUUCAGUAAGCAUCACACAUUGUACAUAUCUUCAUCAGUUAUACUUCAUCAUGUGUGAAGAUCCACCAAAGCCACUACAUUAUGAGACCUCCACAUGAGCAUAGUUGAAUAUCCAUACAGAACAGAAUAUAUCAGAGCAACAAUUAUAGCUUUCCGUGCGGUAUGAUUUGAAUAUUAACCAAGGUCUGCUAUGAAAUUUGUGCAACAAUAAUAGCUUUCCGUGCGGUAUGAUUUGAAUAUUAACCAAGGUCUGCUAUGAAAUUUGUGCAACAAUAACAGCUUUCCGUGCGGUAUGAUUUGAAUAUUAACCAAGGUCUGCUAUGAAAUUUGUGCAACAAUAACAGCUUUCCGUGCGGUAUGAUUUGAAUAUUAACCAAGGUCUGCUAUGAAAUUUGUGCAACAAUAAUAGCUUUCCGUGCGGUAUGAUUUGAAUAUUAACCAAGGUCUGCUAUGAAAUUUGUGCAACAAUAAUAGCUUUCCGUGCGGUAUGAUUUGAGUAUUAACCAAGGUCUGCUAUGAAAUUUGUUUUAUGUAGUAAAUAAAUCUAAGCUUUGUGAGAUGGUGUUAAGUUUCAAACUUGACUUUGUUUGGAGUGAGGGUUUACAGCAGACACGUCCACCCAUAAAACAGACCACUGCCAUGUAAAUGAACAUUUCAUGAUACAUG